AUGACGGCCACCUUCGAAUUAGAAGAUACGCUGCCAACCCUUCCUUUACCGGAUUUGAACUCUACUUUUGAACAGCUGGAGGAGAGCAUCAAGCCACUUAAUGUUGCAGAUGGAUACCAUAGACCUCUUCGCUGCGUCGAGAAUGGCUACAAGCUAUACAAGGCAGUAUCGACUUUCUUGGUCUCCGAAGCAGCCCAAAAACUCCAGACAAAACUGCAGGAGCUCAACCACAAAGGAUCACAUCAGUUAGAUGACUUACAGUUGGACAUAUACAAUCACUCUUUGACCCGAGAAGUCGAAGGUGACGUCUUGCCCCGAAAUCCGUUUUUGCUGCUCGCAGAAGAUGCGGAUGAAAACAUCUCCCAGCAUGACCGUGCGGCUGUUCUCUGUUACUCUGCUUUGAAAUUCAUAUCCGCCCUGCGACACAAUGUGUUAGAACCAGAUAAGGGACCCUCCGGAGAGCCACUUACUAUGAAGCCGUACACGGACCUCUUCGCUACCACACGAUGCCCUGCGCUUCUUCCGAUAGAUAUCCAAAAUCUCGACGAAACGUUGCCCUUCGAGCACCCCGAAAACGAGGGUCUAGACCACAGUAGCAUCACGAAAGAGAAUUUUCCUGGUUCAAAGCACGUCAUAGUUAUAUCGCGAGGCCAAUAUUAUGCAGUGGACGUGCUUGACGAGGCAGACUGCCCGCUGUACGAUGAUACAACCAUGUCGCAUGUCCUUGAAGCUAUAGUGGCUGAUUCUCUCAAAGAUGAACAUUUACAUCAGGCCACAGCCGUAGGAAGUUUCACAGCAUACUCCUUAAGACGUUGGAAACAUGCUAGGGGAAUUUUGAAGAAAAAAUGUCAUGAUCAACUCUUGGCAGUAGACUCCGCAUUGUUCACUUUAAUUUUAGAUGAAUCUUCUCCGACACAGAGUGAAUCGGUGGAAUGCGAGCGAUUUUUCUACGGGACUAGCGCAACUGAUGACAAAAGCGGGCGACAAGUUGGGUCAUGUUGCUCACGAUGGUACGACAAACUACAACUGAUCAUAACGAAAGACGCCAAAGCAGCCAUUAUAUGGGAUUCCUUUACAUGCGAUGGCUCUGCUGUACUGAGGUUUGCCUCUGAUAUUUAUGCAGACUCAGUGCUUAGGCUCGCGCGUGAAAUAAACGAGGAUCCUCUCUUUUCGCUUUGGCCCGCACAAGCGGUCAAAGGUGGCCCAAAACCUCGCGCGCCAAAGAAAAUUGAAUGGAACUUUUGCAAUACGUUAAAGAAUAGCAUCUUGAUGUCUGAAACAAGUCUGAUUGAUCUAAUAUGCAGGCAUGAAGUAGUGCACAAGAACAUUCCAUAUGGAAUAAGGAUAGCUCAUACCUUGGGUAUUCACUCCGAUUCUAUGAUCCAAGUUGCUAUACAGAUUGCCCAUUACGUCCUCUACGGCAAAAUGACGUUUACGUUCGAACCAAUUUCUACCAGAUCAUUUAGAAAUUCUAGGUCCUCGUUUCUUCCCAUUCAAAGUCAAUCCUUAUCUGAAUUGUGUCAACUCUUCAGUUCCAGUCUUUUAGACAAGCGGUCCAAAUUGGCCAGAUUUGUAAUGGCUUGCGAGAAACACAGACAGAAUGUCAUUUUCUCGAGAAGUGGUAAAGGGUUUGAGAAACAUUAUAAUACGCUCAAAUACCUUUAUCAAAAUUACAAACAAUUCAAUCUUGAAUUAAGUGAAACUGACUUAAAAGUUUCAUCUGCUGUGUUUGAAAAUCAACUUUUAGACCCAAUAUCGAGCCCUGAAAUUAUUGCUGCACAUUGUGGCAGUUCAGCUACAAUCGGAUUUGGAAUUAACCCCCCUGUUUCGCAAGGGUUUGGAAUCGGGUAUAGCCUAGAUUUAGAUCGAUGUGAUCUCACUAUAACAUCUCAAUUUAAACAAGGAAAACGUUUUUUACUGGCAUUGAAAUGGGUUCUCGAUGAGUUAGUUUGUUGUCUGCCUUACAGAGAAAAUGCUAAUAGUGCGCUCCACUUGGAAGGUACAAAGGUCCUUGCUUCUACAGCUGAUAUGUUUCGACAGAUGAAGAGCUGUGGAGAUGACUCGACCUUAGCGAACGAGCUGAUACACUGUAAGGAUGCUGUCAGCGCAUGGGGAGACUCCAAUACUGAAGAUUACACGGAGAGCACAACCAACUCAGAAAUUAGCUCAAGUCCGACGGACAGGAGCAGGUCAAAGCGCAAAGGGUCCGUAACAACGACAGAAUUUACAGAAAUAUCUAUCAAAUGCGAAGACAGGAGGAGGAUUGGUCGUGAAAUCUUUUUGGCGAAUACAACUCCUUUGCCACCCCCGCUCCAAGACUUCAACAGCUGGUAG